AGGCUUUACUGACACAACUGUCUUCAUCCUUUCCUUUCAUAUCCAUCAAAUAAAACUCGUGAAAUUAUUUUGUUCAAUUAGAAAAACCGCUUAAUUAUGGGUUUAAUUGCCCGUAAGGUGUGUGUGUUUAUCUUUGUAUUCGCCCUUGUGGCCGAAUUUGCGUUUGGAAAUGUCGAGGUUAAUGACGACAAACACUUUUUUCACAAGCCUCGUCCAUACUUCCACAAACCUCGUCCUUACUUCCACAAGCAUGGCAUUUACAAGAAGGGUUUUAGAAAGGGUUUGGGCGGCGGUGGCGGUCUUGGAGGAGGUGGCGGUCUAGGCGGUGGCGGUGGUUUGGGCGGAGGAGGCGGUCUAGGUGGAGGUGGCGGUUUGGGCGGAGGAGGUGGUCUAGGCCACGGUGGCGGUUUGGGUGGAGGAGGCGGUCUAGGACAUGGUGGUGGUUUGGGCGGAGGUGGAGGUCUAGGAGACGGUGGCGGUCUAGGUGGCGGUGGUGGUGUGGGGGGAGGAGCUGGAGGAGGAUACGGUGGCGGUGUUGGAGGAGGACUUGGAGGCGGUGGAGGUGCUGGAGGAGGAGGAGGAUUUGGUGGCGGAGGAGGAUAUGGAGGCGGAGGAGGAUUCGGCGGUGGAGCUGGUGGUGGAUUUGGUAAAGGCAUUGGUGGUGGAGGAGGUUUGGGAGGCGGUUAUGGUGGCGGUGGCCAUCACUGAUGAGUGAUGAGGCUCAUGAUCAUGCAUUUGUACGUUGUUAUUAUUUAAUUAAACGAAACAGUGAGAUUAAUUAUUACAAUAAAAUGAUAAUUAGCAAUUGUGUAUGCUAUAUUCUCAUGUUAUGCUUUGGUUGGUUUCAUGUUUGGUUAUUAAAAUGGUCGAUUUGUGCCUUGUGUCAACAGUUAUUGAGUGGUUGUUUCCAAACUAUUAUAUGUUUACCAUUGUAUUAAUGACGAGAUACAUCUUAUAAACUAUCAA